CGUCUCCAAUUUUUAUAUCCAUACAUUAUUUGUUAUAAUUGUUUCCUUAGUACUUCAAUCACAUCACCAAGAAUUUCCAAUUCCUAUUCCAAUAACUUCUCAUAUAUCUCACAAUUCCUCAGAGACUUUCUCUGUUUCUCCUUACUUUUCCUGGCUUGAGAUUUAUCUUUCAACCCGAACUUCAAUAUUGUAUUCCUUGACUUUUGCUACUCUCCAAGUUUCGAUUCGUUUAGGAAAGCUUCCUUAACAGCAACCAACUCCUUCCUCAUUGAAAAGACCAAUUCACUUUCCGCACUACUCUACUCUACUCAGGAUUACUAUACAAACUACCGAUCAGCAACACGCCCACUAACUAUCUUCUCGACCUACUACGUUCAAAACUACCACCGGUCCGACCAAUUUCUCUAGAGUAGGAUUGGCGGAGACUUCCAUGGCUCCCCAGAUAGCUCGAUUUUAGGUUUUACAGUCCAUCUCCAUCAUCAACUACCGCUGGGAGAUUUCAGGGAAAUUCACAGAGUAUAUCGGCAAAUACUUGGGGAUAGUCAAUAGUUAAAAGCAACAUUUGAAAUUACACCACCUACCACCAGAAUUCUCCCUCCACCUUCCCUCGAGCACCUUCCAAUCAACAAACCUCACUCCUCCAAAAGAUAGAUAGCUCAACCUCCAACAAUCAACACACACACACUCAUUCCCCAAUGCAUCAGACUUCAGUUAGGCCGGCUUCGUUCAGUUUUCUUUUACCUCCCACGCCACAGACUCCCUUUGGAAUCGAUCGUAGGAAGGACGUUGGAUUCCCUCUCACACUCCCACAAAUCAACCACUCAGGAUACAUAGAAGCUCCGGUUAGAGUUGGGCUUCGAACUCCACCUGAAGACGACAUGCAUGCAACAUAUCCAGGACCGCCAUAUCCUCAUUAUAAAGGCCGGCAUAAUGAGACCGGUCCAGAGUCUCUAAAUUUCAUCAGGACAGGCGAUUAUGAUGGAUCAGCUACACAAUCUAGAAUUUCACAAGCACCCGGAGACUUAGUACACAGAGUAUCUAAGAUUGUGGAGCCCUCUCAACCAAGGGAAUCUUAUAAUUGGCCAACAGUAAAACCCAAGCGUGCAUCUGAAUCUUUCUACUCUUCUGCCCUGACAACCCUGGAGUCUGAAUCUACUCGAAAGCCGCAAGCAAAAAAACCAACUACAGACAAUAUUCAUCCCAGUCUGCAAAUACCAAAAUCAAUAAAUGACAGUGGUGGGAGUUUGGCCGAAUUCGCUGCACAGGUAAAUUGCACUCCUUGAUAUUUGUACUCAACUAUGAAUAUGGUCUGACUUACUAGAUUACUUGUUUGUUCUGGUUUGAAUCUACCGAUACAUUGAAGAGGGCGGAAAAUUCAUGGGCAGGAUCAACGACCAUAGAAAGACUACGACCAGAAGCGUUCCCGUCUGUCGGGUUUACAAAAUGGGUUGUCACGAUUCUCAUGACCACGCAGGUCUCACAGAAUGUGAUAUUAUUAGCGCUACUUUUCAUUUACCGUCUGAAAUCCAUUAACCCAGUAGUUAAAGGGCGAAGUGGCAGCGAAUACAGACUCUUAACGGUGGCAUUGAUGCUGGGCAACAAAUGUGAGUCAACAAUGAUAUAUAGACCACGAAAAUCUUUACUUACAAUACAAUAGUUCUCGAUGACAACACAUAUACCAACAAGACAUGGGCCGAAGUUUCAGGAAUCUCUGUCACUGAAAUCCAUAUAAUGGAAGUCGAGUUUUUGAGCAACAUGCGCUACAGCUUACUUGCAACUGAGGAUGAGUGGAAAGAAUGGCAACUGACGCUUGGGAAAUUCGGGAGCUUUUGUGAUCGGGCCGUAAAAUUAUCUCCUCCACCCAUGUACCAACCGACCCUGCCAUCUCCUCCUGCGUCGAUGCAAGCUCCGUCUCCAACACAAACGAGUCAAUAUGCAUCCCCAGCCGGAUCAUACAAUCUUACCCCUCAGUGGCAUGCUAUUAGCAACGCCACUCAGUUGGUGUCGCCACUAACAACUGCUUCGACCCCUUCGGACCAAGAUUUCCACCCGAAUGCAAGAAAGAGAAGUUUCGUGGAAGAUGCUGAAGAACCGGUGGCAAAGCGUGUGUCUAGGUCAAUAACCUCAACAUCUAAUUCCCUUAAAGACUUCAACAUGACUCCUCGACCUCGUUUACCCCCUGUACCUAAUUUGACGAUCUCGACAAACCAAGCGAUGGGCGGGAAUAGUGGCCUCCCUAGCUUUUCUCAAAACGCACCACUUUUACCUCCUUUGAACGUCAGUCGAGCCAUGUCCACAGUCUAUCCAACUACUCCGACUUAUCCACAACACAUUUUAAGUCAUACCCUUUCUGGGUCACAAACUAGUGGAUCACAAGUCGUUGCAUAUCAACACGGCAAUCAAACUGUUGGCGCUCCAUGUGGCCAACGUAGUCCUCGUUCAGCCGUCCAAGAACUACUUGCAUCAGUUCCUUCCCCACUCAGUGCAUCCUUCCCUGGAACCUCCGGUCACAUUUCACCGUCUGUUUUCUACCAACAAAGAAACUCGCCCUACAAGCCUAUUCGCCACGUUAAUACCCUCCUCUAUCCACCACCAUCUACCUCGAUGCACGAUUAUGCAGUCAACACAAACCAUAUACAUUAUCAACCGUUGGGCAAGAGGCAUGAUUAUCGAUCCGGUGUUGUACCCGGAUAUGGUCAUCAAGCUGCCAACCAAUGGCCUGUACUACCUCAACCCAAUUUUCACGGAGUAUAAACUUCAUUUUUGUCGAUGAAUACUACUAAUGUGAAGAUCAAUUUUCAAUAAGUUCAAUCUCUCAAAAAUAAAAGAAAGUCGAAUGGAUCCUUUAAAAAAAGGAAUUCGCAUCAAAGGAGCAUCUUAGCCAUGGCGUUUUAUGGUUUUAUUUUCUUUUUUUCCAUUAUGGGAGCGGCGGGGCUGGAUCGCAUAUUUAUUAGCAAGCAGCUGUUAUACCAUUAUUGCAUGUAUCAAGACUGGUGUUUUUGGGAGUCCCUCGAUUAAGAGGGACAUUGUAUUUUUUAUUCUGGGAUUUUGAUGUUAACUUCAUAUGAAGCGAGGGAAUUUAUUCAACAUUGAAAAGACGUUGUUCGGAUCCACGGAACACACAGGAUUUGUGUGAGAAUUUAUGAUUAGUACAAGAAGGAAUCAAUGGAAUGAAAGCGGUGGAAUGGAUUGGGGAAAAUUCACCUUUAAGGAGAUGAGAAGAUGUGUCUGAUGGGAUUUUGGGAAAUGGUACCUUCAUUUGAGCCGUUCGGGAUAUGAUGGCCUUGAGUUUUAUGUUUACAUACACUAUGGGUUUCCAUUGACGGAUGAGAUGUAUGUGUUAGAUAUAUGUAUGGUACGUAAUGUGUGCGUUGCUUUGCUAGUUUGCCCUUGCAUACACCCUUCAAUGCUGUAUGUGGCUGGCUGUAGUAGCUAAUGGGGCGAGGAAGGGAAACAAGAAGAGAAAAGAGAAAUUUGAUGAAUUAAAUAUAUUGAUACC